UUCACUUCCGGUUGUGAAAGCAGACAGCUUUCGUAGUGGAAAACUUAUGGUUUGGAAGACAUUUGGCUAAAAGUUAAUUAUUUCACUGUAUCAUGUCUAGCAGAGCUUUAAGGAGACUUCAGGGCGACGGGGACAUCCUCAGUGCCGUCCCAGUCGAACUUAUAGUCGACUCGGAUUCCCCCGAAGAAGCUGAAUUUCAAGAAGUAAAAAGCAAAAAGAAAAAUAAGCGAAGGAAACCAGCUUUUAACCCCUUUGAACUGCUGAAUGAUGAUGAUGAAGAGGAGCCUGAGACGAUCAUAGUUGAACCUGUAAAACCAGCUGAAGUUAAUGAUGAAGCUGAUGUGAAACAAGAUAAAGAGAAUGAGGAAAAGAAUAAAGAGAAAACUGAAAAUCCUGUGGAAGAGGACGAGGAAAAUUCCCCAAAAGCUGUCACAAAAAAGAAGAAAAAGAAAAAAAAGAAGAAAGGAAAAGAAAAUGAUAGCACAGCUGUACCCACUGGAGAUGGUGAAGAUGAGAUUGAUGCUGGUAUACGAGAGGUGAAUCGUAUCCUGGGACUGACGGACCAGACAUCUGGUGGUGGUGUGGUGGUAGACACGAUAACCAAUGACAUGCGGGCACUGCUAAAUGUGGAACACAGGAAUCUAAAUCCUGACAAUGAAAUGAGGAGGAUAUUUGGUUCCAGGGUAGUUCAACAAGAAACAAAUCGGCAGAGAGGAAGACAUAGAACUUUCCAUAGAGGAACAAAGCUGGUCCAGCCUCGAGACAACUGGCCAGCGAUUGGAAGAACAGGAUUAUCUAUGUCACUUCUAGACAACCGUCCAAACUGUCAACUGUUUUCAUUUGAACAUAAUCACCAAUACCAGCAGACUGAGUUCAAAUUCCUGGAAGCAGUGGAAUCACUCAACCCACAGAACAUUGCUAAUUUGCUGCAGAUGCACCCCUACCACAUCAAUGGACUCAUCCAGCUAAGUGAUGUCUUCAAGAUGAGUGAAGAUAUGCAGAUGGCCGCUGAGCUUGUUGAGAGAGCAUUGUAUGCAUUUGAACACACGUUCCAUCCGUCCUUCAGCAUGACAACCGGCACCUGCAGGCUUGACUUCAGGAGGCAGGAGAACAGGGCAAUGUACCUGUGCCUGUGCCGCCAUCUAUCGUCAGUUGGACAGAGGGGGUGCAACAGGACUGCUCUGGAGUUCUGUAAACUUCUUCUCAGCUUGGACCCUGAUGGUGACCCUAUGUGUGUGCUGCUGAUGAUUGACUUCUAUGCACUGCGAGCUGAACAGUUCAGCUUCCUCAUCAGGAUGUACCAUGAGUGGGAGGCGCAUCGGAACCUGACCCAGUUGCCCAACUUUGCGUUCUCUGUUCCCCUGGCAAUGUUCCACCUAGCCAAUCAAAACCAAGAAAGUACUGAUGCUGCAGAUAGUCUGCUUCAGUCCAGCCUGAUCAUGUUUCCGGGCAUCCUGUUGCCACUGCUGGACAAGUGCAGUGUCAACCCAGAUAGUGCUGUCACAUCACAUCCAUUUUUUGGGCCGGCAGCACAGAACAGUCAGACGGUGGCGCUGAAGCAGCUGAUAGCCCUGUACAUCGGGCGGAGCUUCUCCUGUUGGAAGGAGCCUGAUGCUAUGACCUGGCUGGAGAGGAAUGUGAAGGAGGUGUUGUCGAGAGUGGACAGGAAGGACCCGCUGGUUGAGGACGCCAGGCAAAAGCGAAGUAUUCGGUACCAAGGCACACCACGUAACAUCUACCGGCACAUCAUCGUGUCUGAGAUCAAGGAUGCCACAGCUGAACUUCCACCAGAACUGACGACAUCUCCAAUUCUGAGCUACGACCCUCUGCCUCCUCAUGAUGCUGUAACAACCUAUGAACGACAAGUCAGGGGUCGAAGAGGGGAGCAAGGAGGCAGCUCACUUUCGCUCUUCCUCAGGUCUUUGUUGCCCAACUACAACCCCAAUGACCCGGAUCCAGCCCCAGCAGCAGUUCCAGCUGCAGAGGGCGCUGCAGGGGGAGAUAACCCAGAAGGGAACAAUUUGCGAAGAGGCAUUGGCGUGUUGAUGGAUGCCAUGCGGGACUUGUUGAACAACAUCCAGCCUGUGGAGCCUCCAGUGGAGAACAGGCAGGAUGAAGAUGGGGAGGAGAGGGAUGAGGGGGAGUGGGACUGA